AUGCUCGGGGACAGAACCUCCGGCGCCCCGGACCGCGGCGAGCCCGAGUACCCGGAUGUCGGGCCUGGUCCAGGACCAAGCGGGCUGAUCCUGAACUUGGAACCCGAUUUUUCCAUCCUGGGCCCAGUUCGGGCCGGCGGGAUCGGGCUCCGGGCGGAGAUCCGGGCCGUGUCGGUGGAUCCGGUCAGCAUCUGGACGACUUGCUUGAAGGAGGACGUGUCAGCCUGGACGAAGGUGGUCGGGUAUGGGUUGUUGGGUUCGGAUCUGGUUACCGGCGCGGACGGCUGCGGAGGCUGGUGGCGGACGCCGUUCGCGGCGGCGGCGACGCUGCUGCUGCUCGGGCUGUGGGGGAUUGGGGAUGGGAUGAGUGAAGGGUUUUGGGCGACACGCGCUAGAGGGGAGAGUGGAUAUCGGACUCAGAAGAAAAGUCCAACUGGAGACAGGCUAUUGGUAUUGGAAUUUCGGACCAGGAGAUGGUGGGGCCCAGAAGGAGAUAAGAAGUUGUCAAACUAA